AUGGCCACACUCGUCCCACCUCCAAGCAAGCGCCAAAAGACCGCCGCCGCAGCCCUCGCGCGCGAGCAACAAGAGCCAGAAAUAAUACCCGAAGGCACCGUCCGAAUACGGUUCCAAGAUCAAAGCACGGGCGAAGUCACCGGCGCGCCCGUAGCAAUCCCCCUCGCGCACGCCAGCAUCAGGAACAUCGAGCUCCUCCUCAACAGCCUGCAAGGCCAUGGCGAAGCGCAUGAGCGAAUCCCGUACCGAUUCUUCUUCCAAGAUGGCACACAGGCGCUUGGCGACUCGACAGACAUAUACACAUCCCUCAUCAAGCCGGGCUUGACGACUGUGGAAGAGAUUAUAGAGCUCCAGUACUCGCCUCAGGCUAUUUUCCGCGUACGCGCCGUGAGCAGAUGCUCGGCUUCCAUAUCUGGGCACGGAGAAGCUAUACUAGCGACCUCAUUUUCCCCUGCGUCUUCGUCUAGGCUAGCGACAGGGAGCGGUGACAAGACCGCGCGGAUAUGGGAUACAGACACCGGCACUCCGCUUCACACUCUAAAAGGGCACACCUCCUUCGUUCUUGUGGUAGCCUACAGCCCGGAUGACACAAUACUGGCCACGGGAGCGCACGACAACUGCGUUCGCCUCUGGGAACCUCAAACCGGAGAGGCGUUGGGCGGGCCGCUGAAGGGACACAGCAAGUGGAUAACUUCGCUAGCGUGGGAGCCGUAUCACCUCGAGGAGCAAGGACGGCCACGCGUAGCGUCAUCAUCAAAAGACGCAACAGUCCGGAUAUGGGAUGUUGUCAGUAGGAGAGCGGAUAUAGUGCUGUCAGGUCACAAGGGCAGCGUAAGCUGCGUAAAGUGGGGCGGCACGGGUCUCAUAUACACAGCAUCUCACGACAAAACUGUCAAGGUCUGGGACGCCGCAUCCGGAACCCUAAAACACACCCUCACCGCGCACGCCCACUGGGUCAACUAUCUCGCCCUCUCAACCGACUUCCCCCUCCGCACCGCCUUCUUCGACCACACCUCCACCGUGCCGACCACGCGCGAAGAAAAGCUCGCGAAAGCAAAGGAGCGCUUCAGCGCCGCCGCGACCGUGGGCGGCAAGAUAGUCGAGCGGCUCGUUACCGCUAGCGACGAUUUCACCAUGUAUUUGUGGGAGCCGAGCAGUGGGACCAAGCCUGUUGCGAGGUUGGUCAACCACGUGACCUUUUCCCCCUCCGGCGCCUACAUCGCCUCGGCGGGCUUCGACAACCACGUGAAGCUGUGGUCGGCGCGCGACGGCAAGUUCCUGCUCACGCUGCGCGGGCACGUCGCACCCGUGUACAUGACGUGCUUCAGUCCAGAUAGCAGGUUGCUGGUAAGCUGCAGCAAGGACACCACGCUCAAGGCGUGGGAUGUGCGCACGGGCAAGAUCGCUAAGGAUCUGCCGGGGCAUCAGGAUGAGGUGUAUGCGGUGGACUGGAGCUGUGAUGGCCAGAGGGUGGCGAGUGGGGGCAGGGACAAGGCUGUUAGGAUUUGGAGGCAUUGA